AUGGUCAGGUCCAACGGCCCAGACGUCCAUCCGGUAACCGUGGAAACUGCUCUGGACAACCCCCUGCUGAGCAGUGGGCCAAGAUGGAGGACGAGGAGGAGGGACAGACCAGGGGUGACCACCAGACCAUCAGCAGGUGCACCUUACCACCUGAGGAAUGUGAAGGUGCUGCUGUGGGUGGUUGUCUCUCUGCUGCCCCUGGUGGAGGGGGCCCGUAUGGGUGCUGGUUUGGAAGCAGACUCUGUCCAGGCUGUGGGACUGGUGGGAGGGAUGGGGGAAAGGCAGCUCCCAGACACUCUACCUGAGGUGGAUGAGGAACAAGAGGAGAAGAGUGACCCGUACUCCCCCUGGCAUGGCCUCUAUGACCUCUCUGUGAUGGACGAAGCGGACGACCACCCCAGUGGCCGGUGGGGGAGACGUUCCCCUCGCAACUCAGACGCCGAACCACAAGGCUCGGCCAAGAAAAAGAAGAGGAGGAAGAAGAAAGAGAGGGAUAGAAAGGGCAAAGGGAAGGGCCGGCAGCCCCAGCAGAGCAGCCCAGACUGCAGGGUGGAGAAACGAGAGAUGCGGGUGCGGGACUUGGGCCUGGGCUUCGACUCGGACGAGAUCGUCCUCUUCAAGUUUUGCGUGGGCUCCUGCCAGUCGUCCAGGACCAACUACGACCUGGCUCUAAGGGCCCUGAUGGAGGACGGGUCCCUGCCGCGAAGGACCUCCCGGCGAGUCAGCGCCCACCCCUGCUGCCGGCCCAACAGCUACGAGCCCGUGUCCUUCAUGGACGCCCACACCUCGUGGCAGACCAUCCAGUCGCUGUCGGCGGCCAGCUGCAUGUGUAUGGGCUGAGGGAGCCAGCCUGGAGGAGGGAGAAUAGGAGGGGGUGGCGACUGGCUGUCACUCACCCCUGCCUGAGAAUAUACAGAUGGUGGCUCGCCGUUGAGGCUGGGUCUAGGGAGAGCCUCUGGGUUCUGGAAGGGCAGAAGUGGUCGCUCCGAAACAUAUGCAGCAGGGCUGGUCCCCAGUACAAAGCAGAAUGGAGAUUCUGUAGUGUCUAUGAUGGUGGAGCGAGGCCACGCCUCUUCCCGUUGUCCAUUUCCUGUUGAGGAUAAGUGAAUUUGUUGGCAAUGGGAAACUGUCAUGAGCGAAUGGCAAGACGGCGACCACACAAUGGUGGGAUUUGAAUAUUCACAGCAGUUGGGAUAUGUAUAAGACUGACCUGGGGUACUGCUGAAAAUAUUUACUCAAAGGUCUCAAAGAGGACCACAUCUCAUUGCAUUUGACCACAGGUCGACAAGCUCAAAACACUUUUGACAAUGUCAACAUACAGUAUGUUAAUUCCUUCAAAACAGGGAUCUUCCCUACCAUAAUUGCAUUUUUCAGUGUUGACUUGAACUCUACCAAAUGGAUGCCAUGCAUCUCUUUGAAUUACUGUAUUAUAACCAACAUAUUUAUCACAAAUAAGUUAUUUAUUUAUUAUUGUUUCAUAUGAGAUGGACUGUAGAUUUAUAUUUAUUGUCAUGAUCACAUAUCCCGUGGGUUGUGUUGCUGGGUCCUUUGUCAUUAAAUUGUGUGGGAUGUUGUUUUGAAACAUCAAAAAGAUCAGAACAAGUGGCAAGAACCUCAACCAGGGUUGGGGGUGUAACGGAUUACAUUUUUUAUAAACUGUAAUCCGUUACGUUAACAGCAAAAAUAUUGUUAUCAGAUUACAGAUACUUUUGAAAAAACGAAAUGAUUACUUCUAGGAUUACUUUUACCCCAUUCACGUCCUUGUACUAUAUUUAGUACAAUAUCAAAAUGCACCACUGAACAAAUUCUGUUUGGUGUAAAUGCAUGAAAUGUGGUGUCAACAUAGUUACUACAAGUGUCUAGACAGGACACAUAAAUAAUGACAAUCAAAAUUGGUAUUUUGAGAAAAUCUGAAAAAGUAAUUAAUAUAACUUCAGCAUAUGUAUUUUGAAGUACAUUUCAGAAUGAAAUUGUUUAAAAGCAUACAGUAUUGUUAUGUGACCUGUUCAAAUCCCAAAUAUAUGAUUCAACUCAUUGUUGUUUGUAAACUACAGCCGUUUCUGUAUCGUACAAUAGUUAAUCUUUGGUCAAGUCAUGUGAAUGUUCAAAGGAUCAGAUCUUUAUUUUAUUUUAUUUAACCUUUAUUUAACCAG